GUGAGGAAGACGGGGGCAUCAUCAGGGCUUGCAUGGCGGCGUCAAUCCCGUUCCACUACUAGCCGGCUAACGCACGUCAGGCCAACCACCUCCGCUGAGACGAAUGUGAUAGAACAAAAAGAGCAGCAGCAGGAAGACGAGGGGUUAGACAAAGGGCAGCUGGUGCCGUUUCGCCCAGCAUCACGGGUGCAACAUCGGCUUCGGGUAGCGUUAAAGACCAGGCCCAAUGCCAAUUUGUCCGGAGCUCGAAAAGAGUUCUCAUCCAGGCGGCAGCUCUCGGCAGCAGUGCGGAGGCUGAGCUGAGCAGCAACAUCACACACAAGAGCGUAUAAAAGGGAUACGAGGCAAUGGCAGAGCGUCCCAGGGACACGGUGGCGUUUCUGGGCGUCCUGGGGGGGGCCACUCGGUGGCAGCUUGGACUGGAUUUGUGUAGCAUUUUCAAGGCCCUUGUCUUGUCUUGGGGCCAGCAUUUCUGCGGGGUAAGAGCGAGUGUGGUUGGUUGCCAGGAUGAGAGUCAGAGAUACGGCAGCGCGCUGUGUUGCCGCUUCUUGCGGGUUUCGUCCUGGCGGUUGGAUUUGUCGGGGGAUUUUGUACAGCCGAUAUCACGCAUCUGCGUCUUGUGUGUGGACGUGCUGCCACGUUUACAACAACGACAAGCCGGCCAGUCUCCUGGCGACCACCAACAACUCUUGAAGAGAUGACUAUUUUAAAACCCGCGAGGAUGGCAGAAGUGUAGACUUGCAGAAGCUGGUGGAGGUGGCGAGCCUCUGGAAGAAGAAAAAAAUGGCACAGUCUGACGCACUCGCGCGAGAUGACGACGAGGGAGCCGCCGGAAUCAAAGAGCUGGUAUCGUCAACUGAGGAUCGGGGUAUCACUGCGUAU